AUAAUUUUAUAUCGAUUAAACCGGAAAAUGGUUGUUUUUAGUAUAAGGAGCGUUCAUAAGAGGCGUUAUGUUAUUCUCUUCUUAAGUCUCGCUGGCUUUAUUAUUUACCGUCACUUUGGAGGUCACAUAGGAAAAAUAAGGAUAAACCGGGCCAUGGGCAUGAUGGUAAACUCAUCCCAGUUCACCCUUGGAGGAGAGCAGUUCCGUAUUUUGGGGGGCUCUUUUCACUACUUCCGUGUUCCCAGAGCCUACUGGAAAGAUCGGAUGAUGAAGAUGAAAGCCUGUGGUCUUAACACCCUCACUGUUGAUGUGCCAUGGUCUCUCCAUCAGCCGGAGAAAGAGGAAUUCCGUUUCCAAGGUGGCUUGGAUUUAGAAGCUUUUCUUCACAUGGCUGCUGAGGCGGGACUCUGGGUCAUUUUACGUCCAGGACCAUACAUAGGCUCAGAUCUUGACCUUGGAGGACUGCCUAGUUGGCUUUUACGUGAUAAAGAGAUGGUGCUGAGAUCUACUUACCCAGGAUUCCUAGCAGCUGUAGAUGUAUAUUUUAACAAGCUCAUUCCCAAAGUAGUGCCUUUCCAGUUUAAGAAAGGUGGACCUAUAAUUGCUGUCCAAGUGGAGAACAAAUAUGGAUCUCAUGCAAGAGAUGGCAACUACAUGUCAUUUAUUAAAGAGGCUCUUCUGGAACGAGGCUUCAGUGAACAACUUCUGACAUCAGACAACCACGAGGGCCUGAAAUACGGUGGAAUCAAAGGAGCUUUAAGAGCUCUGAAUCUACAGAAAAUGAAUCUGGAUGACAUCAAAUAUCUGAAAACUGUCCAGCCCAACAGUCCUAUGCUGAUUAUGGAGCUCUGGACGGGACGUUGUGAUGGCUGGGGUGGUCUACACCAUAGUUUCCCUGCAGAGGACCUGGUUGCCGUGGUUAGGGAGGUACUGAGACUUGGAAUGUCCAUCAACCUGUACAUGUUUCACGGAGGGACAAACUUUGGCUUUAUAAAUGGAGCGUUGGCUAACCCCUCUUACAAGGCUCUCGUCACAAGCUACGAUUAUGAUGCUCCUCUGUCAGAAGCUGGAGAUUACACACCAAAGUUUCACCUCCUCAGAGAUCUUCUGAGCAGUUUUAACAGCGAAACGCUCCCUGAGAUGCCGAGCCUCCGCUGGAAAGAAGCAUAUGAACCGGCCAUUAUGUUUCAGCAUCUUUCACUGUGGGAUGCACUGCCAUAUACACAUGAGCCUUUCAAAUCCCAGAUUCCUGUGAAUAUGGAGAAUCUCCCUGUGAAUAAUGGCAACGGUCAGGCAUAUGGAUACACUCUUUAUGAGACCAUCAUCACCACAGGAGGCUUUUUAAAAUCAGGACACAACAUCCAAGACAGAGCGCUGGUGUUUGUGAACCAAAGUUUCAUUGGCAUUUUUCACCACAGGAAUUUGGAAUUAGCCGUUUCUGAUGAAAAGGGGAAACGAACUCUGAGCCUGUUGGUGGAGAACUGUGGCCGUGUACACUACGGUAAAGACAUGGAUGAUCAGCGCAAAGGCAUUGUUGGGGACAUUUUAUUCAACAAUGUGCCACUUAGAGAUUUUACAAUAUACAGUCUGGACAUGACAUCAGAUUUCUUUGACAGAUUGUACAGUGCACCUUGGAAGAUCCACCCCAACAAACCAAGCUUCCCUGGAUUUUUCAUGGGCAGGAUAUUUGUGAACGGCUACCCCAGUGACACGUUCAUCAAAUUGCCAGGCUGGAGUAAAGGUGUCGUCUUUAUUAACGGCCAGAACAUUGGACGCUAUUGGGAGGCUGGACCGCAGCAGGCUCUGUUUCUGCCAGGGCCGUUCCUUAACAGUGGAAUGAACCAGGUCAUUGUGUUUGAAGAAGCCGAAGGGGAUUUUAAAAUCCAUUUUGAAGAUUCGCCCGAUCUGGGAAUGGCAGUUGAUAUUUAACAAAGAGGUUUUAUACAAUGGGGACAAUCAAGCAUCACAG